AUGUAUGUAGAAAUAACUCCCAAUGGUAUAAAAGUCACUACAACUGACGGAAUAGGUUCUUCUCAACCACAAGAUCUUUCACCUAAUAAAGAUGAAAGAGGAAAUGUUUCUUAUUACCAACGACUCACAAAUAUGGAUCAAAGAGCCGAGCACUGGCUUCAAAGGUUAGGCGCAGCUCUCGCAAUUUAUUUAAGAAAAUAUGGUAAAAUGGAAAUUUCCAAAGAAAAUGAAGUUUUAGUCGAUUUUCCUGAAGGAUAUGUUCUUUACCAGCAUAAUAAAGAAUAUAAAAAUAGUACUAAACCUCGUCAUGACCGUUAUCUUUUUGGUAGUGCUUAUAAGUUUCGAUCUCCAAAGGAAUUUGAGCCACAUUUGAUUUGGCUUGUUUCUGGACAAACAGAUUCUUGCAAAUGUCUUUAUUGUGGUAGUGGUUCUAAUAAAAGCAAAAGGGGGGAACUGACUGAAGAAAAAAUAAUAAAUACAAGAUCAAGAAAGAAAAUUAAAAGUGAGACAGAAAAAAAUGGAAUGGAAUCUGGGAAUAUUAAUAAACCAAAAUUCGCAAAAACAUUAUACAGAAGAGGAGAAGUUGUUAUGGUUAACUUAAAUACAACAGGAAAUGAACAACAUAUUAAACUUAUAAGAUCUUCAGAUGAAAAUGAUAUAUCGAUUUUGUAUUGGCCUGGAGUAAUAUUAGAAACUAGGAAAGUUCCAAUAACCAAUAAUAUUAUAUCUGAUGACACGAAUUCUGAUGAUUAUAAUGUUGUCUAUAAAGCAUAUUACAGAAUUCAUUUAUUGGAAUUAUCUGAAAUUAUUCAAGUUGAUCGUAAAGCAUUGUUACCGUGGUUAGCUUGUAGAGUAAAAAUUCCGGAAGGAUUUAAUAAAAGUGAAGAAUUAGAACCGAAUAUUAAAACAUAUGUUCAGGCUAUUGAUCGAGUGAAUCAGGUUUCUCACACAUAUACUCCAGUGUAUUCAUACGAACAUAGAGAAGCAAAAGAUGGCUUAAAAAGAAUUAAAGAUCCAUCAGAGAAAUUGCGAGUGCAGAAAUAUCCUAAUUAUGAAGCAAUCUUGCUAGGAACGGAAAUGAUUUAUAUAAAUGAUUACGUUCGUUUAACUCCUAAAGAUGUUGACGAAAAUUAUAAUAAUAGUCAAAAAGAACCAGAAUAUUUAUUAAUAAAUAGUAUCUAUAAACAUGCUACUAAAGGCAUUCAAUUCACAGGAGAUGGAAUGUUGAAAGGUAAACUGUUGAAUGAACAUAGUGAACGAAGAACUUUGUCAGACUAUGAGUGGAUUAAAGUCAAUGAACCAAAUGCUAAAUAUACAAUAGAUUUGCAAGAUAUAGCUGGAAGAUUUUAUGUAUUGUUUCCCAAUCUCAUGAAAAAAAUGGAUUGGACUUCUCCAAAAAAAUUAGAUGAACGAUUUAUAAUUCUUGGAGUAAAAUGGAAAUGA